UAGGAAGUUUAUUGAACUUAAUUUUUUUGAAUAAAUAAAAUCAAUAAAAAUUAAAUUGAAAUAAAAAAUGGAUCCAUUAACGACACGUUCUCAACCUGACCCGGGAAUACCGAAAAAUCCAAAUCAAGGAGUCACUGGACAACAUCAAAAUAUCCGUCCACAAAAUCCGUCGAACAUUAAUAAACAAAAUAUCCAACAAGCGCCUAAUUAUCAGCAACAGCCACAACAACAACAAAGUUAUCGAUUACCAUCAACUGGUCAGCAACCGCAAUCGCAAUCAAAUUUUCCAAAUCAACCAGCUGGAAUUAGACCUCCAUUAGUUCCAAACAUUAGACCAUUGAUUAAUCAACAGCCACAACAUCCACAACAGCAAUCAAAUAUUCGCAAUUUACCACCAUCACAUAUACAAUCACAACAAGGACAACAGCAGCCACAACAAUAUCGUCCCACGCCACCUACUGGUGUGCAACAAGGCUAUCAACAGCCACCUAGACAGACAUUUGUAAAUCAAUCGUCUUUGGAACAGCAACAGCCACUUCAACAGCCACAAUAUCGUCAGAAUCCUCAGUCGAGACCAGCUGUUGUACCUGAACAGAAGAUUCAGCAUCAAAGAAAUCCUCAAUAUCAAAAUCAGCCACAGUCACAUCCACAAACAAACAUGAUGGCUGAAAUAAAUCGAGAAAAAACAUUCACGACAGCUACAAAUAAUAAUAACAAUAACAAUGAGCCACAUUCAUUAUCAAUGGAUGAUGAUGAUGACGAUGUUGUUGUGGGACGAAUGACAACUCCACAGACUAAUAAAAAUGGACAAAAACCAGUCGAGACAUUUGACACGAGACCAAUGAGUGGCAAAGAAAAUGUUCAGCCACAAAUGAGACCGCAGCAAGUUCCACAAACAGUUCCAAUUCAACAAACGGUUCCAAUCCAACAAACGGUUCCAAUCCAACAAACAAAUCCUGUACAACAGCCAGUUUCUGUCCAACAACCAGUUCCUGUCCAACAGCCAGUUCAAGUUCCAGUUCCUCAACAAGUGCAUCAUCAACAGCCAGCAGACAUGAAACGACGUGAAAGUGUCCAAUCAAUUCCUUCCCGACCACAAUCAGCUUUGGGAUCGAAUCAAUCAGUCUCACCUGAACAGAGAAUGUCACCGAAUCCACCACAGCAACAGCCUUAUCGACCGCCUUCACAAGCUGAUAGCAAUCGACAACACAAUGAUUAUAUGCGUGACAUGAAUGAUUAUGAUAGGGGUCAACGUCCAAUGAGUAAUGUUCUGCCACCGUCUGCACAUCAACGUCAAUCACCAGAGGAUAUGCAUCGACCAAAAAUGCCUCCACCUCCUCCUGUACAGCAACAACAUCAACCGUCUCCACCACCUGUACAAAUGCCUCGACAAAAUAGCAAGCAACAAAAUCAGCCACACGCACAACAAAAUGUACAUCGAUCUAAUCAAGAUGGUCACAUUCAACCGACUAUUCAAGAUCAUUUACCAUUUAUGAAGCCUAAUUUAAUUGGUGCUGCUGCUGCUCCACAGAAAGUGCCUGAAAAGAGAGUCGAACAUGAGAAUGUGAAAAAUUUUGUUGACGAAAAAAAGAAAUCUAUUGAUUUGGAUUUGAGUAAAAAUUCGAGUGUGAAAGUUGGAAUAAAGGAUAAUCGACCUUAUAAAGGUGAUAACGAUAGUGGUGUAGAUGAGAGCACACAAGAGAAGGAUAAAAAUGGACAUUCUCCAAAUUCACCAUUGAAAUCACCGACAAAAAUUCCAAGUUAUCAAACACGUCCAGCAAGUAUUACACCAAAAACUAGAUCGAGAAGCACUUCUAAGCAACGACUAUCACUGAAAGUUAGUCCAGAGGAACAUCCAGAGCCUCUAAUUAAAAAAAUUCCAAUGAACAGAAUUGAAGUUGGCAAUACACCAUCACCAAACCUCAAGAAGGUUACAUCCAAAAUUGGAUCUUUAGAAAAUGCACAGCACAAACCAGGUGGUGGGCAGAUCAAAAUUGAGUCAAAGAAAUUGGAUUUCAAAGCAGGCUCGAGAAUUGAAGCAAAGAACGACACCUAUACACCUCGAGGCGGCGAUAAAAAGAUUGUCAGCCAGAAACUACAAUGGAAUGCAAAAUCAAAAAUUGGUUCUUUAGAAAAUGCUGCUCAUAAGCCAGGUGGAGGCGACAAGCGCAUCGUUGAGAUUAAAACAGAUUUCAAGGAAAAGGCGAAACCAAAAGUGGGAUCAAAAGACAAUUUGGGAUACGUGCCAGGUGGAGGAGAUGUUAAAAUUAUGAAUCAAAAGAUCGAAGUAAAGGCAGAACCGAAAAUUGGAUCAUUAGAUAAUAUGAAGCAUAGGCCAGGCGGUGGUGACAAGAAAAUCUUUGAUGACAAAGAAUAUUUGAAGAAUAUUGAACAUCCGGUUCCAAUAACGCCACCAAGUCAGAGUCCACUUCCAACUGGCGAAUCCACUGGUAAUCUAGCUAUAGCAGCAAACAGUUUAGGUAGUGAGCAACACUUCUAA